GAAUAACCUAAAAGGCAGACUAGGCCCUACCCCCAGUACCAUGCAAUAAGACCCCGUGACUAUUGGUCAUCGUUAAGAUUGACAAACAUGACAACUUCUAUCCUGCGGACUACGGUGUCGAUCGUUAAGUAUGCCGUCCUGCUGGUUUUGCGGCCCUUGCUUGUAGUGAUAGCUACCGGGGCGAUCGUGUCACUAUACCGUUCUGGGCUGGCAGCCUUCCAGUCGAUUUUCUAUGAGCUAUUACUUGCUGCAUAACAUGUCGAUUACAUAUCAUCGCUGUACAUCUGAAUGUCAUAAUUAGCGUGCCUG